AUGACAGCAGCACCGAAAUAUCAUGAAGAGCGACAUUUAGCGGUGUGCACUCGACCCUUAGCAGAUCGCUUCGUAAUUGUAGCGGCCAGCACGAAAAAACCCGCAAGAUGUUGGUCGCAAAAAGUAGAGGGUAUAAACAUGCAAUUGUUGCGUUGCGUUGGUUCACCUGAAAACGAAUUCGAGGAAUGGCGGAACGAUACAUUGAUCGACCGACGAAAUCGUCGCGUAAUGAAGACGCGCGAUAGUCUGGCUCUUCCGGCUGAGAACAUUUUUGACUGCGGCAAAGAAAUCCGUCCGACGCAAACGACUUCCAAACGAUUUAUGGUUAGUAAGUGCAAUGCGGAAGAGAGUUUGCAUAAAUUUGAGACAGCAUAG